GUAAUGUUCACCAAACAAAAUCCAUGAUCCAUCACCAAUUCACACGCCAGAUAAAGAAUGGUACCGGUGUUUGUCUUCCCCUUCAAGAUUCUAUGAUCAUAAGGAUAGUUCAUCAAUCUGUUGAUGGGUCUCAUUUACCGAGUUUGGUCAUUAAUUUCCUUAAUUUCCUCUCUUACAUAAUUGGUUGCCAUGUCUGGUUCACGACAUGAAUAUAUAAUGCACGAGUUGGAGCCAACAUUAUAUCUACCUGAUGUCCCUCCUCUUUCAUAUCAUUUCAUUUCAUUUCAUUUCCUUUCAAUGCAUAAAACGCAUUGCUAACGUCCAAGAUUCAUCUUGAUUUCUAUAGAAUCGAUCGAGCACCCUAUUUCCCCUUGCAUAGCUCCUGAUCGAUCUCUUGGCCUCCACCAUUCAAGAUGGAAUUAGCAGUAGCCAUGCUAUUAAUACUGCUGAAUUUAGCAUCGUGGUGCGUGCUUUCAGAGGGCCGGCUUCUUGUGGACAUGACUCUGGUUUCCGAUGCUUCCAGCAUUGGUGCCUUUUGCUUGGAUGGAAGUUUGCCUGCGUAUCAUCUGCACAGAGGAUUCGGAGCUGGUGCAAGCAACUGGCUUUUGCAAUUUGAGGGAGGUGGGUGGUGCAAUGAUAUACAAUCAUGCUUGGAUCGAGCCAAAACGAAGCAUGGAUCUAGCCUUUACAUGAACAAGUUGGAGGAUUUCAAUGGAAUCCUAAGCAACGAUGCCUCACUUAAUCCAGAUUUUUAUAAUUGGAACCGUGUGAAGCUUAGAUAUUGUGAUGGAGGUUCGUUUUCUGGAGAUGCCAAAUUUGACAAUGGGACAUCAGUCCUUUACUUCAGAGGACAAAAGAUUUGGGAAGCAAUGAUUCUUGAUCUCCUCCCCAAAGGUUUGGGGAAUGCAGACAAGGCUUUGCUUUCAGGUUGCUCUGCUGGGGGUUUAUCAUCCUUUCUCCAAUGCGAAAACUUUUACCGGGCAUUACCGACGAAUACCAGUGUGAAAUGCUUGAGCGAUGCUGGAUUUUUUUUGGAUGAAAGAGACAUCACUCUGAACUACACCAUGAGGACCUUCUUUGAAAACCUUGUUUCUCUACAGGGAAUUGAAAAGAAUCUGGAUAAAAACUGCACUAGUUUCCUUGACAAUCCAAAACUGUGCAUGUUUCCACAGUAUUUCUUGAAUUACAUGACAACACCAUUCUUCAUCCUGAACACAGCCUAUGAUGUAUACCAAUUCCAUCAUGCAUUGGUUCCACCCUCUGCUGACAUGAAUGGAGACUGGAAGCGUUGCAAGCUUAGCAUAGCAUCAUGUACUCCACAGCAGCUUGACAUACUGCAAGGCUUCAGGGGUGAUAUGCUGGCGGCAUUGAGUUCAUUUCUCAAGGAUUCCACAAGCGGGGGAAUGUUUAUAAAUUCAUGCUUUGCUCAUUGCCAAAGUGAGACACAAGAAACAUGGUUUGCACUUGGGUCCCCGAGUAUCCAGGAUAAGACUAUUGCAGGAGCAGUUGGUGAUUGGUAUUUUAGUAGAAAUAUAAGCAAGUUAAUCGACUGUGCGUAUCCUUGCGACGCUUCCUGCCAUAACAUCCUUGCACAGGUUUCCUAGAAGGGCUAGAUAUGUUGGGGAAUCCGGCUCCCCCAUACGCGGACCGGUGGUGUUCUGAUAGUUGCUCAUUGGAGACUAAACACACUGACACAAUAAUUUACGUGGUUCGGUAAAUCGCCUACAUCCACGGGAAAGAGUCAUUGUAUUAAAGAUAGAAAAAGGGUUACAAUAAAUACAUGGAGGAGGAGGAUCACUCAACUCUACUCCCAGCUUUCUUGCUGCACUUGCAGGCUCUCUCUCUCUCUCAACUUACACUCACGUUUUUCACUCUCACUCUCUCUUUGCUCUCAAAAUAAUUAUGCCUCUUUUAUAGGCAUUUCAUGGUCAACAUGGAGGGGCCAAUAAUGCCUUAAAGCAUGCCACCAUUUGUGGCAUUAAUGGAGCAACCACUUGCUUAGUGGUGGGGUAUUGCCACCAAAAACGUGUAUGAUCCACUCUAGUCAUUAUUAUUGUUGAUUUUUUUUAUUAUAACUAAAUUUAUUACAAUGAUAUAAAUUUUGGUGUGCCAUUUCAUUCA